CCACUUUCCAGCGUCUUGGACGCGUCAUGAAAAUAAUACUCGCCGCCUGUUCGGUGGGCGACUGGGCGGCAAGGUGGUUGGGGGCUGGUGACGUCGCUGCCGCGGUGGUUGUUGUUGGCGCUGGAUGAGCUCAUACGAAAGCGAAAAGAAACAAGUUUAGCUUUUUGGAAUACGGGCGACUACGAAUUGCAGCUUCAGUUUCAUUUGAACGCGAAUCGCCAACGACACCGGACCGUGGGAGAGAGAAAGAACGAAAGAGAGCCGCGAAGGAAAAACCAAAAACAAAACGAAAAUCGAAAAAGUGUGUGACAAACGUGUGUGUGUGUGUUUGUUUGUUUGCUGGUGCGUGUUAGAAUUGUACUAGCAUUGGUAUUAGUAUUAGUACUAUUGCUAGUAGAAGCGCCUUUCUUUUUGCCACUAAUUGGUACCAAAAAAUACAAAAAAAAAGAGAUUUAAAGAGCGUGUUACGUGGCCGUCUUUCCACUUCGACCAACUGACCACUUGAGCUAAGAAGCACGCUUCUUACUUAUCAGAAUCUAAUUAAAAAUUAAACUUUAAUACUUUUAGGCAAAAUCAAAAAGACAUCUGAAAAAAAAUAACACAAAAUUCUAGUGCAAAAAAAAAGAACGUGAGGGGGUUAAAACUCUUGAGCGGCUAAAACAAAAUCAAUAAUUGGCCCUGCGUCCGGCCCUGUAUGUGAGAGUGUGUGUGUCGGUGAGAGUGUUUGAGUGGGGGAGUGUGUGCGUGUAUUUGUGAGAACGACAAUUGGAGCAAUGCCUGCUGAUUGAUAGCAAAAAAAAAAAAAAAAAAAAUAACCGGGGUUAACGAAUAUAUAAAGUGAAGAACUAAUAAGAGUUAAUUUAGGGAUCCAAAUAAUUAAGCGAUUUAAACGCAAUGCAACCCGCAACGCCCAGCACGCCCGUUAAUAAUGCGUCCAACUCAUCGUCGGUUACCCCCGUUGCCGGCGCCGCCCCUGCCAUUAGUGGCGGGGGGGCCAGCAGCACCCCCAUUCGGAUAAACAGUGCCAAACAGCCGGGCGGGGGUGGGGGUGGCGAUACGCUGACCCACCCCUCCACCCCGCACUCCCACUCGAUGCCCGGAACGCCGCAACAGCAGCCGCAGUCGAGCAGUGUGCCCACCGGCAGUCACCUGCUGCAGCUGCAGGCGCCCCUGCCCUCCGCAGCGGGGGGUGGAGGAGGCGGCGGCGGUUCUGUCACCCCCUCUGGCCUCUCCAUGGGCGCAUCGAAUCAAUCGCUGGGCGUUAGUGUUGGUGCCGCCAGCAGCGUCAGUGGAAUCAGCAUCACGCCGCCGAAUAGCGCCGGAUUGCGUCAGUCGACAGUAUUCGAUUUCAAAUUCAAACGGCGACCUUCGCUAAAAGUCCUCAUGACCAAACUUCCGUCCACGGACAGUUUGAGCAACAGUCCGGCGCCAUCAUCGCCAGGAAUCGCCAAUUGGGCCUCAGACAAUCGGGAUGGCAAUGUGGCAGAUAAGUCAGCUGCAGAUGCCGCUAAACUUAACAGGAAGGAAUCCUACAAGGCCCAAAGGAAGAACUACAGGCGGGAGAAGAAGCGAGUUGCCAGUGAGCUGAUGAAUUCCCUGCAAGAUCCUGCGGUUAUAGUCCUGGCAGAUUGGCUAAAGGUUCGGGGAACCCUCAAGUCCUGGACGAAACUUUGGUGUGUCCUCAAACCCGGCCUGCUGCUCAUCUACAAGAGCCAAAAGACCAAGAGCAGCCACUGGGUGGGCACGGUGAUGCUCACCUCCUGCCAGGUGAUCGAGCGGCCCAGCAAAAAGGAUGGCUUCUGCUUCAAGCUCUUCCAUCCCCUGGAGCAGUCCAUUUGGGCGCCACGAGGACCUGACAAGGAAACCAUAGGUGCCGUUGUCCAGCCGUUGCCAACCGCUUACCUGAUCUUCCGGGCUCCCAGCCAGGCGGCCGGCAAAUGCUGGAUGGACGCUUUGGAGCUGUCCCUGAGAUGUUCGGCCCUCCUGCUGCGCUCCAAUAGCAGCACGGGAGCUGCUCCCUCGUCCAGCUAUGUGGGCGAACCGCUGCCCGUCUCCCAUGAGACGCAAUGGUCGGAGGCGGACUACGAGAAGCACUUCAACGAUCACGAUCUGGACGCGGACAGCCAGAAUGAAGCGCCCAAUGCCGUCAUGUCUGGUCCGGAAUCAGAAUCGGAGUCGGAUCCGGCGCAGGAUGAUGUUGUCGAUCUGCAGCAGUGCGAGGAGACCACGUAUGUGCCCUUCACCGAGGAGGAGUUUGGCGAGCAAGGGGAGCAGGUAGAGGAGUUGGCAGAGGAGAACAAGAGCCUAAUUUGGUGCAUUGUCAAGCAGGUGCGACCGGGGAUGGAUCUGAGCAAGGUGGUGCUGCCCACGUUUAUCCUGGAGCCGCGAUCAUUCCUGGACAAGCUAUCCGACUCUUACUACCACGCGGACUUGCUCUCCAAGGCCGUGCAGGAGGACGAUGCCUUUACGCGCAUGAAGCUAGUCGUCCAAUGGUACCUGUCCAGCUUCUACAAGAAGCCCAAGGGUCUGAAGAAGCCCUACAAUCCGAUACUGGGCGAACGAUUCCGUUGCUACUGGCAGCAUCCCAGCGGCAGUCGGACUUUCUACAUUGCCGAGCAGGUCUCGCAUCAUCCGCCUGUGUCGGCGUUCUAUGUGACGAACCGCGAGGACGGCUUCAGCAUCACCUGCUCCAUCCUGGCCAAAUCGAAGUUCUACGGCAACAGCACUUCGGCGGUGCUCGAGGGCGCCGCCACGAUGACGUUGCUGCCGCGCGGUGAGUGCUACACGGCGACCACGCCGUACGCCCACUGCAAGGGCAUCCUGAUGGGCACGCUCUCCAUGGAGCUGGGCGGCAAGAUAAACAUCGAGUGCGAGAACACCGGUUACAGGACGGAGCUGGAGUUCAAGCUGAAGCCGUUCCUCGGCGGCUCCGAUGCCACCAAUGUGGUUGUGGGCAAGAUCAAGCUGGGCAAGGAGACGCUGGCCACCAUCAACGGGCACUGGGACAAGGAGUGCCGAGUGAAGGAUUCCAAGACGGGCGAGGAGACGCUUCUAUUCAAGGUAGAUGCCGAGACGCGUGCCAAGCGGCUCACCCGUCACCUGGUUCCGCUGGACGCCCAGGAGCCCAACGAAUCGCAGCUCCUGUGGCAAAAGGUCUCCGAGGCCAUUGCACGCGAGGAUCAGGUGGCGGCCACCGAGGAGAAGACCGUGCUGGAGGAGCGCCAGCGAGCGGAGGCCAAGGAGCGGGCCAGCACCGAAUCCACCCACAUGCCCGAUCUCUUCGAGCUGGACAGCUACGGCCAGUGGCUGUACAAGUACGCCGAUCUGCGGCCCUGGGACUCGCGCAACGAUGUCCGGCAGUACGAGUGCCAGUUCAAGGUGCUCACCCAGACGCGGCACAAGUCGGUGCCGAUUGUCCAUGGCGCCGAGAUGAUCCAUCCCCUGCGCAGCUCCAUCGAGACCUUGGCUCGCACCCAAAGACAAUCGCCGGCGGUCGGUCCGAGCGUCGGCUCCUCCGUGCCCAAGGCCAAGAACAAGAGCCUGGUGCUGGCGCCGCGCGACACCAACUCGGACUCCAGCCAGUCGCCGCAAGGGGCGGUCAAGCGCAGCUCCUCCAGCGCCAUUAAGCAACUCGCCCUGGCUGUGGACCAGGUGAACCGGGUGCUGGAGCUGCACACCCGGCAGCUGAACGAGAUCAGCCAGCGCCUGGAGCGCAUGCAGUACGCGCCCUCGCCGAGCAAUGUGAGCGUGCAUUCGCAUCACUUGCUGGGCGGCGGCGUCUCUCAGUCCACGGUGAUCAAGUCGCUCGUCUACGCCCUGAUCGGGCUCACCUUCAGCCUGAUCCUGCGGUGGCUGUUCAAGUAGAGUGGUGUCACUUCGUUUAGGAUUAAGAAAAGUUUUGGUCAACCUAUAAAUAACAUAUAUAUAUAUACACCCUAGAGUACAGACAACGUAUAUGCUUUACUGAAUUGUACAUUUGGUCCUACUCAAAUGCCUUCGCACGCUGCCAGAGAUUUAAACCUCCCAACUGAGGAGCGUGGCCAGAACAUCCGUUGUGAGAAAGUCUAAUCACGAACUAUAUAUAUAAGAUUAAGUGUUAACGUCCAUGUGCAAGUCUCUUUUCCCCCAUUUACCCCUGGAAACUCUUUACUCAAGUUAGACAACCCGCUGGGUAGGUUAGGAUGUCGGAUAUAUAUACAUAAAUAUACACAUACGUACGAGUAGAUGCACCGGAUUUCGUAAAAAUUCCAAUUUAACCAAUGCUACUAUUUAGCUAGUUCGCUUUUCCGUUUCCCCUUUAUUGACAGGUGAAUACUAAAUGACACGAUUUGGGGGUGAAUUACGAACAAACAAUGCUCGCGAGGCUCUCUGCCCUUUGAAACACCACUUGUAGACAGUGCAACAUACCUUAGAGAUUUAAUGCAAAAAGUGCUUAUAGUAAUUACUUUUAGUAUCUCUUAUACACGAACUGUUUUUCCUUUUCCCAAUACCUGCAUACCUUGAAAACUUAAUAAAUUCCCCUUUUUCAAAUCAAAA